GAAAGGGAGGAGGAGGAGGAGGAGGAAUGCCCUCCCCAGGCGGGCCCCGCAGCGGCCUGCUGCCGUCUCCAUGGUGAUAACUCGCCUCGGCCAACCGCGAGCCACUUCCGCCAACGUCAGCGCCGACACGUGGAUCCAAGAUGGCGGCCUCUGGGGUGCUGGAAAGGCUCAUGUAUCUGCUGGUGCUGCUUUUCUGCCAUGGGGUGAGCUGCUUCUACGUGCCGGGCGUUGCACCCAUCAACUUCCACCGAAAUGAUGCCGUAGAAAUCAAGGCUGUGAAGCUCACCAGUUCACGAACCCAGCUGCCUUAUGAGUACUACUCCUUACCGUUCUGUCGUCCUGGCACAAUCACGUAUAAAGCUGAAAAUCUGGGUGAGGUCCUCAGGGGUGACCGGAUCGUCAACACUCCAUUCCAGGUUUUCAUGAGCAUCGAGAAGAAGUGUGAGGUUUUGUGCAAUGUCCCAAACAUUCCUGUAGUCCUGAAAAAGGAAGACAGCAAGCUGAUUGCGGAGCGGAUCCAGGAGGAAUACUACGUCCACCUCAUCGCGGACAACUUGCCCGUGGCCACGAGGCUGGAGUUCUACUCAAACCGUGAGGAAGAAGAGAAGAACAAGGAGAAGGACGCCCAGUUUGAACACGGCUAUCGGCUCGGAUUCAUGGACAACAAUAAGUUCUACCUGCACAACCACCUCUCCUUCAUCCUUUACUACCACAGAGAGGAUGUGGAAGAGAACCAGGAGCCGACCUACAGGGUGGUUCGCUUUGAAGUCAUUCCGCAGAGCAUUAAGCUUUCUGAUCUGAAGGCCGACGAGAAGGGCACGUGCAUUCUGCCCGAAGCCGCCAGCUCCGGCCCUCAAGAGAUUGAUCCCACGAAGGAGAACAAGCUGCUCUUCACCUACUCUGUUCUCUGGAAGGAAAGCGACAUCAAAUGGGCUUCUCGCUGGGACACUUACCUCACAAUGAGUGAUGUGCAGAUACACUGGUUCUCCAUCAUUAACUCCGUCGUGGUUGUCUUCUUCCUUUCAGGUAUUCUCAGCAUGAUCAUCAUCCGGACCCUCCGGAAGGAUAUCGCCAACUACAACAAGGAAGAUGACAUUGAAGACACCAUGGAGGAGUCUGGGUGGAAGCUGGUGCACGGCGACGUCUUCAGGCCCCCUCAGUAUCCCAUGAUCCUCAGUUCCCUGUUGGGCUCCGGAAUCCAGCUCUUCUGCAUGAUCCUGAUUGUGAUUUUCGUUGCCAUGCUGGGGAUGCUGUCUCCUUCCAGCCGGGGUGCCCUGAUGACCACGGCCUGCUUCCUGUUCAUGUUCAUGGGGGUUUUUGGCGGUUUCUCCGCCGGCCGGUUAUAUCGGACACUGAAAGGCCAUCGAUGGAAAAAAGGAGCUUUCUGCACGGCCACUCUGUACCCUGGAGUCGUCUUUGGGCUGUGCUUCAUCCUGAACUGCUUCAUCUGGGGCAAACACUCCUCAGGAGCGGUCCCGUUCCCCACCAUGGUGGCUCUCCUCUGCAUGUGGUUUGGCAUCUCCUUACCCCUGGUCUACCUGGGCUACUACUUUGGCUUUCGCAAGCAGCCGUACGACAAUCCUGUGCGGACCAAUCAGAUUCCGAGGCAGAUCCCGGAGCAGAGGUGGUACAUGAAGAGAUUUGUCGGGAUUCUGAUGGCUGGGAUCCUGCCUUUUGGAGCCAUGUUCAUUGAACUUUUCUUCAUCUUCAGCGCAAUCUGGGAGAAUCAGUUCUACUACCUCUUCGGCUUCCUCUUCUUGGUAUUCAUCAUCCUCGUUGUCUCUUGUUCUCAAAUCAGCAUCGUCAUGGUGUACUUCCAGCUCUGUGCUGAGGAUUACCGCUGGUGGUGGAGAACUUUCCUGGUAUCUGGAGGAUCUGCCUUCUAUGUGUUGAUUUAUGCAAUCUUCUACUUUGUGAACAAGCUGGACAUCGUCGAGUUCAUUCCCUCCUUGCUGUAUUUUGGCUACACGGCUCUCAUGGUGCUGUCCUUCUGGCUCUUGACGGGGUCCAUUGGCUUCUAUGCAGCCUACAUGUUCGUCCGCAAGAUUUACGCCGCUGUGAAAAUAGACUGAAGGUGCUCAGACGCCGCCCGGCGCGCAGCGGCCGUCCUCUCGGUUUCCUCCUAGGAAGGAAGUGGGGAACUCUCCAAGGAAGCAAAACCCAGUGGGAGUGGGACGUGAGAAAUAAUAAUAAUAAUAAAAAAUAGUUCUACUUUUGGAAUGUAAUCUUUGGCACAGGGUCCGUGGAACUGGGAUUCUCCUGCAGGGGAGGGGCGUGUAGAUACUUUACAUUUUAACUUUCAUUCUAUUCUGGUUAUAAGGGAUACUUUUUUUUUUUUUAGCUCCGAAGCAUCCGCCUCAAUGGGUAGGUUUUCCUGUCUUAUUUUUUCUUCGUCACGUCAAUAAGAUGAGACUGCCAUGGUGACAGGUUUGCGAAACAGGUGUCGAGUUCACGGAGAGACAUCCUUUGAUUAUUGCGCUGAGUAGCCUUUUGCUGUGCCUGUGCUUGGAGAAGUCAAUGAAGGUUCUGGCCUCCAGAAAAAGGGAGAGAGAGAGAGAGUUCCUAGAAGCAGCCUGCAACACGGCCGUCUCUUUUGUGGUGUCGUGGGAGUGCCAUUUCGGAACGAGGCAAGUGCGAUUCCUCACAGGGGGCUUUCAAACCGUGGCCCUCCACCGUGCCUCCCGCCUGCUCGAUGCCGGAGGUUUCAGUGGAGGAAGCAACAAGCUCCCCUCUCGUCCCACCUUGGCAAGCCGUGGAUUAUGAUAAAAGAACGGCAUGGGCCUGCUGCUGCCUGUUGAGAGUGGAACGGGCCUGCAAACUGGAGAAGGCUACUCGGAACCCCUGGGGAAAUCCCAGGGCAUCUCCUCAACCCUUCCCAGUAAAUCUUGGAUUUGGGUGGUGAAAAGAGACCCAGCUCCCCCCAAAAACCUCGCUCCACUGUUCAUGUGCCAAGGACUCUAUGGCUCAGAUACUGGGAAUUGCUGCUGGGACGUGCGAGAGAAGGGAAGGGAACUGGAUGAGUUCUGUUUGCUUCUUUCUUCUUUCAAGAAAGGAAUGACUUGCUCUUCUGUUCCUGGAAUUGUUCAGCCACCAUCCUCUCCCUUACUGUUCUGCUGAGCCAUAUUCUCUUCACCUGUCCAGUCCUGCCCCUCUAGAAAUUGAAGUGUAUUGGUGGUUUUUACUCUUGACCUUUGUGUAAACUGGAUGUGUGGUCAUUAAUUAACAAACAACAACACCCCCCCGCCGACCCCCAGCCUUCUUUUCCUCACACUGGGAGUGAAAGUUGGGGGUUAUAAAGAUUUAUACUAUCAAAAGUCAGUCUUUUACCGAAGCACAAUAGAUCUGUCUUCUUGGAGAUGGACGCUUGCUUUGUCCUCUGGGCAUUGCAAACGAACCUGAAUCCAGUUACUUGGAAGAUGGUCGGACAACUCCUUUGACAAGCAAAAUCCUUUUUUAUGCCUGAUGGGAGUGAAAGUAGGUUUGGUGUUGUUGUUGUUUUUUAAAAAAAAAUCCUGCUGGAAAUGUGAGUCAGUUCUGGGAUGGGAUGGUUCCAAGCUGCAGUGAUCUUUUUCUCCCAGAGAUGAGAAAUCUCUGUAAAUCCUUCCGCUUUAUAAACACGCUCUCACGGCAAAAGCAGGAAGAUUGCUACAGUGGGGGAAAACACGAUAUCCCUUUGGGAGUACAUUUUAACAGAUGCAAUUCUCAUCAAUGAUGAGAUACCCCUCUUUCGGAUGUUGUAGUUUUUGAUUUGCCCCCUGAAAAAGAACAACGCUUGCCCUCCGAUGACUGCAAGGCAAGGUCUGCUACUGUGUUCUUUGCAUGGCGUCGGCAAAAAAAGGCUCCAAGAGCACGGAGCAGCCUUCCAGAUGGUGGUAGGAGAUGGAGUCCAGCACAUCUGGAAGGCACCCCGUUGGCCAAGGCUGGCAUACAGCAUGGGGAGUUCGGCGCUGCUCUCUGACCCCAUCCAACCUUCAGUCGCAUUGCCCGUCAUGCCAAAGCCACCAUCAGCCAAGAAUCAAGGUCUGACAAACGGGAGCCAUAGCCUGUGUUACUUACACUCUGGAUUCCUUUGUGAUCUCUGAUUUGAACUAGCUUUAGGAUAUUUAAGUGAAUUCCACCGCACCCGUGAUAUUAUUUUUUCCUAGCCGGAUCUGCACUAUCAUCACCUUCCACCAUAUCCCUUGUAUUUUUUAAUGUAUUGUUCAAGCCCAACUGUAAAUAAAUAUGCUGUUGUCCUGUUUUCAGCCUUGUAAA